CUCUUCAGUUUAGCUCAGCGCUCGGACCGUGUCGCUUCGUGACGCCGGUAUCCACGCUUCUGUGGAUCCUUCCGAUCUGACAGAAGAGAUCUUUCUCUCUCUUUCUUUCUCUCUCUCUCUCUGUCUUUCUUUCUCUUUCUCUCUCUCUCUCUCUCUCUCUCUCUCUCUCUCUCUCUCUCUCUCUCUCUCUCUCUCUCUCUCUUUCUCUACCUCGGUUUUCAGUCGCUAAGUAAAAUCGUGCCGGUGAAAGAUAAAGUUUCUUCUUCUUCUUCUUCUUCUGUUUGGAUUAUCAAGAGAUCUUAGGCAGUGUGAAAUUUGUAAAAGGAAGCUAAGAUCGUCCGGAGGAUGGCAUAAAACGGAAUAUUAUUCUCGGCCGGCAGCAUGUGCUAUGUUAUAGUUACUGGUCGCAGUCUCCUCUGGACGCUUCUGUCUUUAGCGGCGUUAAUGGCCGUUUUAUCGGCUCUCCUUACCCCGAAAUGGCUCGUCGGACCGCACACAAUUAAGGACACGAAAAAUGGCACGGAAUUGUUCGUACCGACAGUUGGAAUUUUCAAUCGUUGCACGAGAUUAUAUGGAAGGACGCAUUGUGCUAAUUUCAACGUUGAUGGAUUCGCGACGCAUUCCUCGGUCUUUCCAGGAUUCUGGAAAGCUUCUCUCUUCUUCGUAUCUUUCGGUUUGGCCGUGAUGACGAUGACCGUAUUAGCUGCUCUUAUCGGAUGUUGUAUUCAGAGUAUCGGGAGAAAGAGUAUCUUCGAUUUGGCUGGUGUAGCUCAAGCAAUAGCCGGAAUACUUUACUUAGUCGGAUUGAGUUUGUAUCCCGCUGGAUGGGGUGCUGAAAGAGUACGAAGAAUUUGUGGUCCAGAAGCUGACGCCUUUCAUCUCGGGGAUUGUACUCUUGGUUGGGCUUUUUAUAGUGCCGUAAUAGGUACUGGCCUAACUUUUGCAGCAGCUAUGCUCAGUGGACAAGCCGAAAAAUCGACGGCAAGUGAUAAGGUUCAAGAUAAGAUGAACGAGGGAAGGACGCUAAUAUGCUUGGCUUAAAAAAAGAGAUUUUAUUCAAAAUAAUAUAAAAAUAAAAAUGGUGAUAUUUGUUUGGAUAUUCUAAUAAGAAUCCUCGAGAAUUUUUUUGACGAAUCCUUUUAUGGGACCAAGCGACAAUUAAUGUGAUCGACGUUCGCAUUAAAUAUCGAAAGCAUGAUUACUAUAUUGCUCUCGUUUUUCUACAUGAACGUUUGGAGUACUUAUUCGUAGGAUAUCUUCCGAAAAUAAUGUUCGAUAUUAAUCGAUAUACGAAUGUGUGUUUUGUAUACGAUAUUCAUUUAGAGUAUUAUACGAGGUGGAUUAUUCGAAGUCUCAUUAGAAUAUGUAACAUUUAUAAUACAGAUUUGUAAGAAAGUUAGUGUAUAGAUAUAUACACUAUAUAUAUAAAUUUUUUUAUUCUCUUACAAGAAAACUAUAUAUAAUUUUAAGAAAUAAUAAAAGUGUAUUAAACAUGCAAUUCCUAUUUUAUAAAUCUUUUUAUUUUUAUUCGUAUUGUAAUUAAUAAUUAAAAUGACUUAAUAACAACGAUUAAAAAAUUAUGUAAGUUUUAAACAGUCUAUUUAUUUCGAGUGUUACAAUUUUACAAAGACAUAAGAGUCGAGAAAACGUUAUCUCGUGGUAACUUCUGCGCAAUAUUUUUAAUAAAUAUGACCAAUUUUUUUCUUAAUUUUACGCAUCGGUUUUGACCCUGAAGUUGAAAGAUAUAUAUAUAUAUAUAUAUAUAUAGAGUGUGUAUAUAUAUAUAAAGAAAACGAUCAUCGUAAACUCCAUACUGCCUGCCAUGAGCGAUCGCAACGAAAAUCACGUACCUCAAGAUCAUCUUUCAUCUUAUAGCCAAGACGCAAGCAAUUAUUUCGAAAUUGAUUCAAGGCACGAAAAGACAGAAGUGCAAAUUUGAUCGAUCCUUAAAGCAGUUAUGUAUGUAUUCGUACGAAAUAACAAUGAGAGCCAAAUACGAUCAACGACAUUCCUUUCUGUCAACUUGGCUCGUCAAUAACAAACAUAUAAAGUACAUUGGAAAUCUUAUUUUUGAUAUUAUUCUUACGAUCACGUAUGCAUGUGUGUAUGUAUGUACUUUCGUAGUCUUUCGAUUUAUCCUAUUAGAUUUUCACGACGGAUAAGAUGACCACAAAGUGAAGAAAAAAAGAAAAAAUAACGAAAAGAAAAAAAAAAGAAAAAAAAUUAAAUAAAAAUAAAAAAUAAAAGAUUCACCGAUGUAUAUGAAUAUUAAAUGAUGAUCGAACUGAUUCGUUAAUUUACAACGAGCCAUAUCAAAUUAUUCGCAGUUUAUAUAAGAUAUCUAUCGAGGCAUCCUUGAAUUAUUUGCUUUCAAAAAUUCUAAUCGACAAAGAAAAAAGAAGAAGAAAGAAGAAAAAAAAAAUUCAAACGCACGAUUAUACGCAGUAUAAAUUACUAAUUGUAAAGUAUCUAUAUUAAUGUGUAAAGUAUAUCGAAGAAAUCUUAUACAUGUUGUUUGACGAUUCGAACCGUGCCGGUAAAUAUACAAAUAUAAUUUCAACUAAAUUACGCGAUACAAUUUCGAUUAACGUUAUAUACGCAUUCGUCCGUAAUAUAUAUUCACAUUUCAUACAAAAAAUCAUUUCCCACGCUAACGCUUGUGUAUAUACAGUUACGAGCGACAUGUAAUCUCUCAAAGAUAAAAAGGAAGGACGAAGAACAAAAAUGAAAAAAGAACAAAAAAAAAAAAUAAUAAAAAGGAAAGAUAUAAUAAUUCGACAUUCUCGCUACGUUGAAUACAUUUUAAUAAAAAUGUUCAUGUUAAUUUCAUUGCAUACGAUACGAACGGGGUAAG